GGGCCGUAUCCACAAAGAUCCUGAGGGAGAUUUUUGCCUAAGUUUACAUAUUUUCCCCUUAAUUUUCGCUAUUUUCCCUUAAUUUUUAAGAUAUUCCUCAAGUAUUAUCCACAAAACAAAAUGCCCUUAUGUUUUGCCUUAAGUCGGCAUUUUCGCCUUAACUUUUAAGGAACCUCCGGAGGACCCUUAAAUAUUAAGGAAAAAACUAACGUAGCGUCCAUUUUAACGCGGAAUCCUGUUUUCAAGGAGAGAAGUUAGAAAAUCAUCACAAUCGGUGGGUGUAUCUUAUUUCUUUUGAUAAAUUUAUCGAUAGUGCAGUUGACUUAAAUAGUAAUUGUUUCUACCCGUUUAUAUUUGUUAGCGAGACAGGAAGUUGCAAUGUUUACUUCCGUAUGUAAAAAAAUAAGGAAUUGAUCGAGGAAGUUUUCGCACGUUGUUUUCAAGCUGUUAUUUUGUUAUACAAAUGUAAACACUGAUUUAAAAGCAGUUGAUGUGAAGUGUUUUUGUGUUUAUGAAAGAAUCAUACUUGUUUGUUUGAGUCAGUAACGAGGAAAAUCCGGAAAUGUUGAAUUGGGUUUACGGUCAUUUCGUAGCAUAGCCGUUUCGUACUCGUAGCUAAGCAUUUUCAGUUAUUUCGUAAUCAUUAAUCGAUCAUUUUGUAACCAAAUCGGUUAUUUUUGUAACCAGUAAUUAAAACUGAUUGUGUUUUCUAUUAUCAAUUCAAUUGCCAUUUUUAACGUUAUGUUACAAAAUGACAGACGCCCAAUCCCCCCAUUGUAUUGAAUUUGGAGAUGAAAAAACAACAUUGUCGUUUCGGAAUAUCCGGUCACCAAGAUGAUACUGUAUGAAAUAAAAGUUACAAAUCUUGCUGGGCUUAAUCUAUACUAUAUCGGGACGAACACUGUUCCAGUAUUUGUAUGUACUUUGCCUUGCAAGAUAAUGAAAAUCAAUCCAUAAAUGGCAGGAUAUAUUUGAUGGUAAGUUACUUUUCUACCAUAUAGCAAUUCAUACAGUACAUUGUGAUAUUUUCAACAUUUUGGUUAUACAGCUUGCAGCAAAAUGGCAGUUCGGGAGUAUCGUGAGCGAAUUGACAUUGCACAGUUGACCAAUGAUGAUCUGUACAAGAGGUAUCGUGUGAACCAUGCCACAUUGGCAUAUAUAAUUGCCCAGCUGGAUGCUGCCUUAGCCCCCAAUACUGACAGGAGCCACAGCCUUUCUACUGGCUACAAGGUCUUGAUCACACUGAGGUACCUGGCUACCGGUGUGAUACAGCUCAACACCGGUGAUCUGCACUCUGUAGCUCAAUCAAGUGUUUCGAGAGCAGUAUCUCAAACACUUGAUGCACUGAGCUCCCAAAAUGUUGUGAGGAGACACAUUAGAUUCCCAACAACCAUUGAGUCAUUAAACAGGAAUAAACAAGGAUUUUUUCAUAUUGCUAGAUUCCCAAAUGUGAUCGGUGUCAUAGAUGGGACUCAUGUACAGAUCCAGGCACCAUCUAUUGAUGAACCCAUGUACGUGAACAGAAUGGGUUACCAUUCCAUCAACACACAGAUUGUGUUUGAUCAUAAUGACAUGAUAAUGGACGUUGUCGCCAGAUGGCCAGGAAGUACCCACGAUAGCAGGAUCCUUAGAGGAAGUGGGCUGUGGCAAGUUUUCGAUAGAAACCUGCUUCCACAGAAUGACCACUUUCUUCUGGGCGAUAGUGGAUAUCCCUGCAAACGCUGGCUGUUGACGCCUUAUGUGAGACCAGCUAAUAACGCUCAGGAAGCGUAUAACAGGGCACACAAGUUGACAAGGAGCAAGGUUGAACGGGGCAUAGGACAGCUGAAACGCAGAUGGGGAAUUCUGCAUGGAGAAGUUAGACUUGCUCCAGAAAAAACGUGCAAGGUGAUCAUUGCAUGUGCAGUUUUGCACAACAUCUGCAAGCUGCAUGGUGUGCCAGAUGUUGAUGAUCUGCCGGAAGAUCCUGUGCACAAUGACGGGAUUCAUGUUGGUCCAGAAGAUGGACUUCGCUUCCGUGAUAUUAUAUGCGAACAGUAUUUUAGAUUGUAAAUUACGGGGGAUAUAGACAAAACAAGUCUUAAAAAUGUGUGUUCAUUUACAUCUAAUAAAGACAAAACAAGUCUUAAAAAUGUGUGUUCAUUUACAUCUGAUCAAGACAAAACAAGUCUUAAAAAUGUGUGUUCAUUUACAUCUGAUAAAGACAAAACAAGUCUUAAAAAUGUGUGUUCAUUUACAUCUGAUAAAGACAAAACAAGUCUUAAAAAUGUGUGUUCAUUUACAUCUGAUAAAGACAAAACAAGUCUUAAAAAUGUGUGUUCAUUUACAUCUGAUAAACACAAAACAAGUCUUAAAAAUGUGUGUUCAUUUACAUCUGAUAAAGACAAAACAAGUAUAUAAAAUGUGUGCUGAAUGAGACAUAGCUGAUUAAUAUAGGAUUGGUGGCUGGGGAACAUAGCUGAUAUUAUAGGUUUCAGGGCAAGGGAACAUAGCUGAUGUUAUAGGUUUUGGAGCCAGAAAACAUAGCUGAUAAUAUCAGUUUGGGGGUCGGAGGCCAUCGCUGAUGUUAUUGGUUUGGGGGCCGGGGGACAUAGCUGAUAUGAUAUAAAAACUGUUGCAAAAAAGAUUAUUGAAAAACUAACAAAGAAACACUAACUAAUAUGUCAUUUUACAAUUUAAGUUGUCUCUCAUAAAACUUUAUCUGCAACUCUAGUUUUCUCUUCUUUAAGGCUCUCAUUUCAGAGUCACUACAACAGCAACAGUGCGCUUGAUUUGGGCUGAAAAAAUUUCAUGUAUACCUUAUUCAUGCAAUGCUUUAAAUGUCAGAACAUUUCAAUUUAAAGUUUUCAUUUUCAAUUAACGUUGUUUGUUUACACAAAGUCAUGGAAUUUUCUUGUUGAGUUACAAUAUUUUGUCAUACAUUUACUGACAGGAAUGUGUCAUGUAAAGUGUAUUGUUUAAUGUCUUUAAAAGACAUUAAAAAUGAAAAAAAAACGGUCAUGUGCACAGAUUAUACAAUCAGAAUGCAGCAGCAUUCAAAUGAAAGUGACAGAAGUUACAUAAUUAUAAUAAUUUAAUUAAUAAUUUAAUAACUAGUGAUCAUUGCUUAUAGCUUGAAAACAUAAAUUUGUUAUUAAUGUUAUAAUAAUACCUUGGCAAUGUACUGGUUGUUGUUGAACAUGAUUGGACUCUAAAAUAAAAGUUCUGUACAUAGAUUUUGCCACAAAAUGCCAUAGUUACACAAUAUGUUGUAAAUUGUAAAAAUAACUGUGUAAACGUUUCAUUUUAUAAUGAGAUUACUUAAAAUAAAUAAAAACAGUGAGCUUUGAUACCAUUAUGUACAUGUAUCACUGAUGCAAACUGUAAUGAUAGUUUUAAUGCAUUGAUUAACUGUUUAUAUGUCAUUUACCUUCUUUAAAACACUGACAAGAUCAGCUUUGUACAAUAUGUUUUACAUUCUUUUAUUAUACAAUUAUAUCAUACCUUUGGGAAGGUUUUACUGGAACAAUUUCCAUUACAUUGAAGAUUGGACCAUCCGAUACUGAUGAUCUGUAGCAAAAUUCAAAUUAAAUAUACAUUGAAUGGUAGAUGCCAUGGGAAUUUGUAUUGAUAUGAAAAAUAUGCACUGACGUGAACAUUUUGCAGCAUUAGUUUCUUUUUUCUUUUAAAUUGUUGGUAACUAAUUCAUACUUAAUUAACAUGGGAAGUAAAUAAAAUAUUUAAUAGCAAAUAAAGGAACAACUUCUGUUUGGGUUAUGCUUAGCUAUUUAAUUGGAGGUUUGUAACAUGUUUUUUAUGUGAUUUGCAUGUAUUGGAUGUGAAUUAUGUGUUUUAAGUAAACAUGACUAAAAUAGAAAA